CCACCAGCAUCCCCGCCGGAGCCCCAGCAGCAGCCCCCCCGGGCUUGCUCCUCUACCUCCAUCAAAGUGGAAGGAGGUGGAGGGUGCGACCAGAUCACCCCAGAUGAGGAGCAGAGGCUGGGCCAAGCCGGUUUCAUGCAGAGGCAGUUCGGGGCCAUGCUCCAGCCGGGGGUCAACAAAUUCUCCUUGAGGAUGUUUGGCAGCCAGAAGGCCGUGGAGAGGGAGCAGGAAAGGGUUAAGUCUGCCGGGUUCUGGAUCAUCCAUCCCUACAGCGACUUCAGGUUUUACUGGGAUUUGACCAUGCUGCUCCUGAUGGUAGGGAACCUGAUCAUCAUCCCUGUGGGCAUCACUUUCUUCAAGGAUGAAAACACUACCCCAUGGAUUGUCUUCAAUGUGGUUUCGGACACAUUCUUCCUCAUCGACCUUGUCCUCAACUUCCGAACAGGCAUUGUGGUGGAGGACAACACAGAGAUCAUCCUAGACCCACAGAGGAUCAAGAUGAAGUACCUGAAGAGCUGGUUUGUGGUGGAUUUUAUCUCCUCCAUCCCUGUGGACUAUAUCUUCCUGAUUGUUGAAACCCGCAUUGAUUCCGAGGUGUACAAGACGGCUCGGGCACUGCGCAUCGUGCGCUUCACGAAGAUCCUCAGCCUCCUGCGGCUGCUGCGACUCUCCCGGCUCAUCCGCUAUAUUCAUCAGUGGGAGGAGAUCUUCCACAUGACCUACGAUCUGGCCAGUGCAGUGGUGCGGAUUGUGAACCUGAUUGGGAUGAUGCUGCUGCUGUGUCACUGGGAUGGCUGCCUCCAGUUCCUCGUGCCUAUGCUGCAGGACUUCCCUGACGAUUGUUGGGUGUCCCUCAACCGCAUGGUGAAUGACUCCUGGGGGAAGCAGUAUUCCUACGCGCUGUUCAAGGCAAUGAGUCACAUGCUCUGCAUCGGGUACGGGCAGCAGGCGCCCGUUGGCAUGUCGGAUGUGUGGCUGACUAUGCUGAGCAUGAUUGUCGGUGCCACCUGCUAUGCCAUGUUCAUCGGCCAUGCCACAGCCCUGAUCCAGUCUCUGGACUCCUCACGGCGUCAGUACCAGGAGAAGUACAAACAAGUGGAACAGUAUAUGUCCUUCCACAAGCUCCCUGCUGACAUGCGGCAACGCAUCCACGAUUACUAUGAGCACCGCUACCAGGGGAAGAUGUUUGAUGAGGAGAGCAUCCUGGGAGAGCUGAGUGAGCCCCUUCGAGAGGAAAUCAUAAACUUCAACUGCCGGAAGCUGGUUGCCUCCAUGCCCCUCUUUGCCAAUGCAGAUCCCAACUUUGUGACAUCCAUGUUGACCAAGUUGCGGUUUGAGGUGUUUCAGCCAGGGGAUUACAUCAUCCGGGAGGGCACCAUUGGCAAGAAGAUGUACUUCAUCCAGCACGGAGUGGUGAGCGUCCUCACCAAAGGCAACAAGGAGACCAAGCUGGCUGAUGGCUCCUACUUUGGGGAAAUUUGCCUGCUGACCCGUGGCCGGCGCACAGCCAGCGUGCGAGCUGAUACCUACUGCCGGCUCUACUCCCUCUCGGUGGACAACUUCAAUGAGGUGCUGGAAGAGUAUCCCAUGAUGAGGCGAGCUUUUGAAACCGUGGCUCUUGACAGGCUGGACAGAAUUGGCAAGAAAAAUUCCAUUCUGCUGCAUAAAGUCCAGCACGACCUCAAUUCGGGUGUUUUCAACUACCAAGAGAAUGAGAUCAUCCAGCAGAUUGUGCAGCACGACAGAGAGAUGGCACACUGCGCUCACAAUGUCCAGGCUGCCACCGCUGCCGCCGCCGCCUCUGUCGCUAUAGCUCUGACCCCCCACCCACGCCUCCCGACAGCCAUCUUCCGUCCUCCGGUGUCCGUCUUGGGUUCCUUGGGACAGCAAUCCAACCAGACUCCGAGACAGCUGAAAAGGCUUCAAUCUCUAAUCCCAUCGACUGGGCCUUCUGCCGUUGGCUCUCCCUCCAGUACUCCAUCCCAGCUGCAUACACCAGGAGCAGAAACCCCUUCGUCCUCUUCCUUCCACAUCCAGCAGCUCGCAGGAUUCUCAGCUGCCGCCGGCUUAGGUCAAUUCCAGGUGGGAUCCCCUCCAGGUGGCUCAAGCCAGCCGGGUUCGAGCGGCAUGUCCUCAGUGGGACCGAGCCAGUUCCAUCAAGCACCUUCCGGAUCACCCUUAGGUACGACUCAGCCCAUGCAGCAGCAGCCGCCGCCGCAGCCGGCCCUUUCCAGCGGUGGAUUUGGGCACUUCCAACAAGCCACAACUAGCUCCCCAUCAACAUCACUCACUCAGCUCUCAUCAAACUCACCCCCUAGUCUUCUCAACCAGUUCCAGCCCACCACGAGACCACUGCAGGGGGGACAGUUACAGCAGCUCUCGGGCAGUGGGACUUUGGGGGGAAUGAAUCACUUCCAACCCCCCCCUUCUUCCAACUCUCCAUCCUCCAGCCUAAGCCAGCUGGCACAGGCCUCUGGUGGGCCGUCCUCAGGCCUAUGCCAAACACAUCCAAGUGCAUUAGGAUCUUUAACUGGAACGAUAGCCCAGCUCCACCAAGAGCGGCCACCUUUUGCCUCCAUGUCUCCACUCCAACAGUCCGGUGUCGCCUCUCCCUGUUACACCCCUUCUGGCCUUAGUCCUCCUAGUCAGAGCCCAGUGGCAACAAGAACUUUUCAAUGUGGCCCUUCUGGGGCCUCAGGCUCUCACGGAUCUCUGCUCCUGCCUCAGACCGCGAGCCCACCUCCGCAGAUCCUGCAGUCCAAGAGCACGCCGCCAGUGCCACCGGGACGUCUGAACCAGGACAUCAAGUUGAUUUCUGCUUCCCAGCCAUCUUUGCCCCAAGAGCUGGCUCAGACACUGAGCCAAAGUUCUUCUCAUUCCUCUAGAGAAUCUGUUUCCAGCUUCUCUCCUUUUCCUGGUGGAGGGACUGGACUUCUUGGGAAGCCUUAUAGCUCAAUUCCUGGGCGUGUGACUUUACCACGUCAGAUGUCCUCAGGUUCUUUACCACAUCCGCUGGUGUUCGGGGCCAGUGCUGCAGGCGCUGCUUCUCUGACUGCUGGGGGGCGGAAAGAAUCCAUAGUGCUCACAGGGGAUCUGGAACCCGUCAGAUCCAAACUGCCCUCCAAUUUGUGA